GCGGAGGCACCUCAAACGGAGAGAGGGAGCGUACGAAAGCGCACGGCGCACAGACCAGACGCAGGCAGGAGAGGGAGAAAGGCGCACAGAUUCGGUGGCACUCAGCUGCUUCUCCCUCACGCUAGAUAGACACAAUCUGAAUGACAAGGAAGGGAAGAUAGAAACAAGUGUGGAUGCUUAUAUGGAAAAUAGUGCAACUUGUACUGGCUUAGAUUGAACAAUCUGAAUGUUUUGUUUUUCCUCAACGCUCCGCGGAGAAAGCAAUGCAGCUGCUGAUUGAGGGAGGAGAGCAAUUACUAAGUUAAAACUGGAAUUUCCUGCGCUCUGCAUUUUUGAGCUGUUUUCUCUCUGGAUCUGCCUUUGGCUUGCACAGAAAUGCAACCAGUGAAGAUGAAGGGACUCUUUCUGUCAAGAAUGUGGAAAGUUGUGGUUGUUUUGGCACUGGCAACGCAACACGCCACCGGUAAGACACUGAAAUAUCAGAUUUAUGAGGAGCAGAAGGUUGGCACGGUCAUCGCCCGUUUAAGGGAUGAUGUCGCGGAUGUUCUGGCGAAACUUCCCAGCUCGGUGUCGCUCCGCUUCAGAGCGAUGCAAAGAGGGAGCUCGUCUUUCCUCGCGGUGCGCGAGCAGGACGGAGAAAUCACCAUCAAGACCAAGAUCGACCGCGAGAAACUCUGCGAGAAGAACCUCAACUGUUCCGUCCAAUUCGACGUGCUGACGCUGCCCACCGAGCACCUGCAGCUGUUCCACGUCGAGUUGGAAGUGUUGGACAUCAACGACAACGCACCCCAAUUCGCCCGCGCCGUUAUUCCCAUUGAGAUCUCCGAGAGCGCGUCCGUGGGAGCGCGCAUUCCCCUGGACAGCGCCACGGACCCCGACGUUGGGGAGAACUCGCUGUACACGUACGCGUUAGAGCCCAACAACUUCUUCAAGGUGGACAUCCAGUCCAGAACCGACGGGGCCAAGUACGCGGAGCUGGUGGUGCUCAGGGAGCUGGACCGGGAGGUGCGCUCCAGUUACGAACUUCAAUACACGGCCUCUGACAGGGGCGUUCCCUCCAGGACGGGUACGACCCUUCUCAAAAUUAAUGUCGCCGACUCAAAUGACAACAGCCCCAUUUUUGACAAGUCCUCAUAUGUCAUAAAUCUUCCAGAAAAUUCACCUGUUGGCACUCUGCUCAUUGACUUAAACGCCACUGACGCGGAUGAGGGCACAAACGCCAAGAUAGUCUACUCCUUCAGUAGUCACGUGUCCCCAAAGAUAAUGGAGACGUUCAAAAUCAAUCCAGACAGUGGUCACCUGACCCUCGUCAGGCGUGUGGACUAUGAGACCAUGAGCUCCUAUGACAUUGAUGUGCAAGCACAGGACAUGGGUCCAAACUCAAUGCCCGCUCAUUGCAAGAUCCUGGUCAAAGUGGUAGAUGUGAACGACAACAAGCCAGACAUCAGCAUCAACCUCAUGUCCUCUCAGGGGAAUGGGGAUGCCGCGUACAUAUCUGAGGCUUCUGCUCUGGAUACGUUUGUAGCUUUGGUGAGGGUGGAGGACAUGGACUCUGGGUUGAAUGGAGAGGUGGAGUGUAAACUUCAUGGUCAGGGCUACUUCAAAUUGCAGAAGACUUAUGAGAAUAAUUACAUGAUUCUGACCAAUGUGUCUCUGGACAGAGAGAAGAGGUCAGAGUUCAGUCUGACGGUGGUGGCAGAAGAUCGGGGGACUCCCAGUCUCUCUACUGUCAAACAUUUCACUGUGCAUGUGACUGAUGAGAAUGACAAUGCGCCACGUUUUGAGAAGGGCCGAUAUGAGAUCUUUAAAUCUGAGAACAAUGCCCCAGGAGCAUAUCUCACCUCUAUCAUGGCCACCGACCCUGACCUGGAUACCAAUGGACAGGUGAGCUAUUCCAUCUUGGAGAACUCUGUUCAUGGGAGUUCAAUCUCAACCUACGUCACCAUUGACCCCUCUAAUGGCGCCAUCUAUGCACUGCGUACAUUUGAUCGUGAGGACGUCAGCCGUAUCUCCUUCGUGGUGCAAGCCAAAGAUGCAGGAAAACCAUCACUGCUGAGUAACGCUACUGUCAUUCUGAACAUCCUGGAUGAGAACGACAACCCUCCAGUCAUCGUGGUGCCCCAGCUGUGGAACUUCACUGCUGAUGUGCUCGCAUCAAAGUUCACAGAGGCUGGACACCUAGUAACAGUGGUUAGGGCGACUGAUCGGGAUACAGGGGUCAACGCUGAGCUCAUCUGCUCCAUAGUCAGCGGCAACGAGGAGGGUUUCUUUCUCAUCGACCCAAGAACUUGUGAAAUCCAUGCCAAUGCCAGCCUGGAGAACUUCCCCCAGGAGAAUGCUGAGCUGACAAUUGUGGUUCGAGAUCAGGGAAGCGAGAGCCUCAGCGCUAAGGCCGUUCUGAAAAUCACCCUCUAUGAGAACAUGGAGAACCACGUCCAGGUGAUGGACCAGGGGGGGUCUUCACUCGACUCAUCCUUAAUAAUCAUCAUCUCCCUUGGGGCCAUCUGCGCUGUGCUCCUCGUCAUCAUGGUGGUGUUUGCUGCUCGCUGUAACCGUGAGAAGAAGGACAACAGGAACUCCUACAACUGCCGGGUCGCUGAGUCAACCCACCAGCACCAUCCUAAGAAGCCUGCACGCCAAAUCCACAAAGGCGAUAUCACCCUGGUUCCCACAGUGAAUGGGACCCUGCCAAUCAGAGCCCACCACCGCUCACCUUCGGCCACACCCCCCAUGGACCGCGCCCAGAUGGGGAGCAGACAGAACCAUCACAGCCGCCAAUCCCUGAACAGCUUGGUGACCAUCUCAUCCAAUCACAUUCCAGAGAGCUUUGCCCUGGAACUGACACACGCGACUCCACCAGUGGAG